AUGGCGGAGGAUUUCCAGAAGCUUACACGUGAAGGAGACCUUACAGACGACAGUGAUGCGGAGGAAGACAGUUCUGCCGGCGAGCUACCUUUCUUUGACAUCGGUCUCUCCAGAGAAGGCAAUGAAGGUGGUCAUUUCCGCGUCGAGAAUCUCGAUGGCGAAAAGCAACGAGAGAACUGGGUUGAACGCAAAGGUCUCGUCGACAUCCGCUGCACCUGUCUCGAUGUCAUUCACGGCCUCGUCUCUCCCUCUGGCACUAAAUUCGCUACUCUCGUUGUGCUGAAGUUCCGCUUCUCCAAGCGGAAAAAUGCUAGGCGGAUCAAAGAGGUCAAUAUCAAGCUGGAAUUUCAAAGCACGGAAAAGGGGGUGUCUGGACCAGAGGUAGCUGCAAUCGCGCCUUUCGAGACGAUGAGUUUGGUGCAAACAACAGAAAAGGAAGAGGAGAAGAAAAAUGCGAGUGUUCAACUUGGCGGAGCUGCGCCCGUGGGAGGACUUACAGCAUCGGCUAGCCUUGGGUGGGAGAAGACGGUUAGUAGGGACACAAGUGAUGAGACAACUGUCACUGGAUCCGUUGAUUUGGCAAAGGGAGUCAAUCGUGGGAAGUCUACAUGCGCAUCUUGGACCUUGUUAGAGAACAGUACAAAACAUACGGGAGUUCCGGAGUCGAUGACGACGGCUAUAUUGUUGAAAAGAGACAAUGAGGAACUUUUCCAGUGCGUUAUUCAUAUCGAUGCAGAAGUAGAUUUCAAGAGUAGUUUCGAGAGAAUAUUUGGGGGAAAGGGGAGGGUGCCAAAAGACGAUCCGGUGUAUUUCGAUCCUGCUUUGGACUCGACGAAUCUUCUGAGGGAGUACAAAGAGUUGGAAUUGGGAGGUUUUGAGUUGCAGAGUGUUUGUGAUGUUACGUUCAGGAGUUAUUGGGAUGCGAUUAAGGACCAUACCAAGAAAUGA